GACGUCACUACGUCAGUAAGACCGGUGUGAACACAAUGGCCCGGCCUUACAUUUUACGCAUGUGCUGCAGGUCUGGCGAUAGACAAGUGAUGCGAUGAUUGAUUGAAUUACACUGGAGGACCUGUGAAAAUAAAAUAUCUUUGUGAUUAAGAUGGGCUUAGUUAAUCCAAGUUAAAAAAUGUUAAGUAAGUCUAUUGUGAAAAAGUAUUUGGACAGAUUUAAUGUCACACCUAUCAAUUUAUGUCUAUCAAAUCAUUGAAUAUAGUGCAAAAGUAAACACACAAAAAAACUGAAUCUGAAUUGUAUAAAAAUCGACUUGUACAAUUACAAAUGUGGAAAAGUUAAAAGUUUAAAAAUGAGGCUUCCACCGUUGCCAACAAUACGGGACUUGAUCCGAAUGUACAAGCUGUCAGCUGUCUCGAAGCUGUCACAGAACUUCAUAAUGGACAUGACCCUGAACCACAAGAUAGUGCAGAAUGCUGGUACCCUCACUGGAUGUUGUGUGUGCGAGGUAGGUCCGGGACCAGGGGGGAUAACUCGGGCAAUCCUCGAGAAAGAUGUGGAUCACCUGCACGUGAUUGAAAAGGAUAGGCGCUUCUUUCCUGGCUUACAGAUGUUAGCAGAUGUAACUGGCAAAUUGACGGCUCACCAUGGUGAUGUACUAAGAUUUGAGAUGAACAAUUUAUUCCCAGAAUCAUUCAUUACACCCUGGAGUGAAUCUCCUCCCAAAAUUCACAUCAUCGGAAACCUGCCAUUCAGCAUAGCUACUCCACUAAUAUUCAAAUACAUGGAGUCGAUCAGUACCCAUAGCGAUGCAUGGCGGUACGGGCGUGUGCCGCUGACAUUAACCUUUCAGAAGGAGGUUGCCGAGAGGAUGGUGGCGGAACCUAACGCAGAGGACAGGUGUCGCGUGUCGGUCGUCGUUCAGAACCUGUGUCACGUGACUGUGAAGAAAAUCAUUCCAGGCAGUGCGUUUGUUCCUGCCCCAGACGUAGAUGUAGGACUGGUUCAUUUUGUUCCUAAGAAGAAGCCAAUCAUAGAUCUGCCCUACAGGUUGGUCACCAAGGUUACCAGAACAGUCUUCCAUCAUCGACAGAAACAGUUGAAGAACAAUCUGAAAGCAUUAUUCCCAGAUGACCAGCAAAACUUAGUGGAUGCCAUGAUUGGCGACGCUGACAUCGACCCGGGCAGACGUCCAAUCAGCAUCACCAACGAGGAGUUUAAACGUCUGUGUGUAGCUUACAGCAGAAUCUGCGACCGCCUUCCUUACAUACUGAAUUAUGACUAUCGAAAUCCUUCUUCUAAGAAAAACUAUCUAUCCAUUAGGGCUGUAGAGGAGGAAUUAAAUAGUGUAGAGUUACAAAGAGAACAGAGUAAAACAUUUUGAAAGUGAUGUUCCAGUAAUUUACUGUUAUACUGUUUGGUGCUAUAACAAUUAUGAAAAGGGGUUAUAUUCUGCUCAACAGUAUUUUCAACAGGUGUUUUUUUAUGAUGGACAGAUAUUUUACACAGGACUUUGUGCAAAACAUGUUAAGGUAAGAUACUGGAAAUACUUUGAAAUGACCAACAUGCGAAAAAGAUGUCAAGGUAAGAUACUGGAAAUCCUUUGACAUUACCAACCGUUAUAUUUUAUAAAUAACCUUAGCUGUUCACUGCCCACUAAGCAUGUAUUUAGAAGUAUUUGUAUGCUUCCUGAAAGGAGAAGCGUAUAGUUGCCGCAUUUUCUGUCCGUCUGACUUCCUAUAUGACGAUGUUCAAUUCCAGUUGGUUGGAAUAAUCUACAAAAAAAGUGGCAUGAAAUCUCACAACAUUUCAGUAUUAAUUACAUAAUUACAUAACAAAGGCGGAGGGACACAGAAUUGGGAUUGUUUGUCAGUCAGUCUGUCUGUCACAAAAUAUAUUUUUAGUGGGUGAUAUCUAUCCAACACAUUAUUUAAGGUUGCAUUACAGCUUUUAAUACAUAUUAUUUAUUAAAAAUCUAUUUAAACAAACAUUAAACGGAGGAAUUUGUUAUACAAUCCAAACAAUUGUUCAAAUUCAUUAUGGCCUUUAUAGACCAGUACUUACACACUGGUAAUAUACCAUGUCUGAUGACAAAUUUCCUUUCAACAUCUUGUAAUUCGUCUCGUAACUGCCACACAAAUGGUAAUGGGGGUAUAAAAACUAAGUGUGAAGUUAAUGUGUACUGCCAGAAAUCUAAGAUUAUUUGUAGGAGUAUAUGUGUAUAUAUAUAUAUAUAUAUAUAUAUAUAUAAUAGAAGUCACUUUGUCUGUCGGUCGGUCUGUCCCGAAAUUUCAUCCGAUCUUCACCAAACUUGGUCACAAGUUGUAUCUUGAUGAUGUUUAGGUCAAGUUUGAAUAUGGGUCAUGCCGGGUCAAAAACUAGGUCACUCGGUCACUUAGUGUGUUUUAAACUGAAAGUUUGUCCGGACCAUAACUAUGUCAUUUAUCGUUAGUUUUUAAAAUAACUUUGUACAAUUGUUCACCAUCAUGGGACGGUGUGUCGCAUGAAAAAAGUACGUCGAUAUCUCCAAGGUCAAGGUCACACUUGAAGUUCAAGGGUCAAAUGCUUGUCCGGACCAUUACUUUAUCAUUUAUUGUGAUAUUUUAAAAUCAUUUGGCACAUUUGUACUUCAUCAUGGGAUGGUGUGUUGCGCGAAAGAAUUACAUCAAUAUCUCGAAGGUCAAGGUCACACCUUGAGUUCAAAGAUUAAAAAUGGCCAUAAAUGAGCUUGUCUGGGCAAUAACUAUGUCGUUCAUUGUGAGAUUUUAAAAUCAUUUGGCACAUUUGUUCACCAUCAUAGGACGGUGUGUCGCGCGAAAGAAUUACGCCGAUAUCUCCAAGGUCAAGGUUACACUUUGAGUUCAAUGGUAAAAAAUGGCCAUAAAUGAGCUUGUCCGGGCCAUUACUAUGUCAUUCAUUGUGAGAUUUUAAAAUCAUUUUGCAUAUUUGUUCACCAUCAUAGGACGGUGUGUCGCGCGAAAGAAUAACGUCGAUAUUUCCAAGGUCAAGGUCACACUGUGAGUUCAAAGGUCAAAAAUGGCCAUAAAUGAUCUUGUCCGGGCCAUAACUAUGUCAUUUAUUGUGAGAUUUUAAAAAUACCUGGUAUAUUUGUUCACAAUCAUUGGACGAUGUGUCAUGCGAAAGAAUUAUGUCGAUAACUCCAAGGUCUAGGUCACACAUGGAGUUCAAAAGUAAAAAAAUGGCCAUAAAUUUGGACGGCAUGUCAUGCAAAAGAAUUCAAGAGUUCAAAGGUGUUAUGGCCAUAAAUGAUAAUGGCAUUUUAAUUCUUAAAAAUUGCCAUAAAUUUGAUUCUCUUGUUUUGUGAAGACAGCAUGCAAAAUAGUCGUGUGUCAAUGCGGCACAUGGGGGUAUACGUCACGUCUGUGACAAAGCUCUAGUUCAUUCUCCUUGAAGGCCAUGACACAUCCUGGUUACCAUCUAUCUGACUAUGCCACAACCACAUGGUCAUAAAUGGCCACAGUGCCCAGGCUUGACAGGGCACCCACAGUGCCCAGGCUUGACAGGGCACUUUUGAGAUGCUCCAACUCGAUGUUCUCAUAGUCUUCUUUUAAGUCUACUGUUUUCCGUUUCUUCUUUUUAGGUCCUUUCAUCAUGAAAAAAUAGCUCCCAUUUAACCUCCUCGUCAUGGUCUUUGUGUUUUACUCCCUUCCUCGCAGACUGCCACAGAUUUUGCUUGUCAUCUUCAUUCAUUUGUUCGAAUCAUUCUGCAAGCUGUUUCCUGUUCCUUUUAACAGUUUAGUGGUGACGCAAAGAUGCAUUCGGCCGUCUCUGUUGAAUGUUGUCAAGAUCCCCGAAAUGGUGCUCGCUAGAUAAAUUUGUUAAACAUGCAAAUGCAGUUCUUUAAAGUGUUGCGAUUUCUUGUUCGCCACUAAACUGACCAUUGGGAAGAAAGUCUACUAGUUGUUUUUAUGUGGCUCUUUCAACGAAAUAUAAUUAUAUAAUAAUGCGGUCA